ACAUAAUAGAGCACAGUAUUGUGCAACAACGACAGCAAUAGUGAUUAUUUCGUCGUUUUAUCGCUACGUGGUAUCAGCGUCCAGUGACAGGUCUACCCUGUCCUUAGUCGAUGCUUGUGUAUGAUCAACGAUAAUAUAUCCACUUAAAAUUUUGAUGCUUUACAGUGAUAUUUUGUUGUUAAUCACUAUUAAAAGAAAGGGUUUCUCGUAUUUCGAGAAAUAACUGAAGAAUUGCAGAAUAUUUCUAAUUUAAUCACGAAAUAUGGCUGAUCCUAAGUAUGCCGAUUUACCUGGAAUCGAUGAGACAGAUUCUAUAGAGAAAUUGCAUAUUAGUGCCACUGAGGCAUUCAAUAAAUUUAAAAGUAAACAUCUCCUCAACAAAGAAGUUGACUUCUCUGAUCGGGUAUCACUCAAACCAAGAACUGGCUAUAAAUUUGGAGAUUGGGAAUUACCUGGAGAAGAUGAGAAAGAAACUCCCAUUCAAAAGUACCAACGCUUGCAAUGUGAGAUUAAAGAAUUGUACGAAGAAAUAAAUGAUCUAAAGGAAAAGUCAAAAGAGGAAGAAGUGAAAUCUGUUGCUGAUAUAAUUUCUCAAGUGCAACUCUUAGGAAAGCAAUUAGAUUCCUUGAAAUUAGAAGAAUGUCUUGGAGCUGAUCUUGUCGCAAGUCUCUCGGAUCCGCAAGGCACAAGAAUGAAACAACUGAUAUCGCAAAUAGAAGCAUUCAAGCAGACUAGUAUUCUCACAUCUGAAACUGAUUCAAAGGCACAGAAUGCAAAAGAUGAUAAAACAACAGAACCUGGUGUACUCAAGUAUCAGAUGAUGUAUCUUCCAGAAAAAGCAAGAAUGCAGGAAGCAGCGAGGAUUGCAUUACUUGAACAAAGGCUUUGUAAUUUAGAAAGUGUAAUAGGAACAACAAGUGAUAAGCUUUCAAAAUUUUCACAGAAUCUUAAAGGACAAGGUGUAAUGGAAGCUCUCCAAGAAUUAGGAGCAAAAGCUGCAUUAUUAGAUACAUACCAACUAGAUAUAAUUGAAAGCCGAUUAGCUACAUUAAUUCAUAGAAUGGAUAAUAUUGCACAAAAGAAGGCUGCAUUAACAUUAGAUUCAGAACAAGAGCAAAAAAUUUCGGAAAUGUAUGAUAUUAUGAAACAGACGGAAACUAUGACACAAAUUUUACCACAAACGGUAAAUCGAAUGUUGGCUUUAAAUACUAUUCACCAACAAGCUGCUACAUUCAACAAAUCUCUAACACGUUUAGAGGAAUUGCAAUCACAAAUAACAUCUGACUUGGACAGUAAUAAAUCUCUUUUAAAAGGAGUACAAGAGAGCUUUGCAUCAAAUUUAGAAAUUAUAAAAAACAACAUAGAAUCAUUAGAUGAACGUAUUAAAAAGCUUAACAAGUGAUGAUUUAAGAAUAUGGUUGAAAUUUUCGAUACAGAUUAUGAUGAUUCAAUUUGUUUAAUAUAUAUUUAUUAAAUUAUAUUAUUUACUAAUAUUCUCUAAAUAUAUUUUUAACUUAUUCAUGAUUUAAUGUACCUUAUCAUGUAUUAUUUUUAAAAUAUUUUUUAUAUAACUUUUGGUUUUUUAAAUAUAAUAUUUUAAAAAAUAUGUGUUGUAUCCUUGUAGAAAAAAAUUCAUUAAUGUAUAAACAUUAAAAAUAAAAUAGAAUCAUGCUUUUCAAGUAUAUCUAUAAAAAGUUGUUUCUUUUUUAUUUUGGAAUAGGAAAAUAGAUAUAAAUACUACACUUGGAAUACUUGUAAAUUGUAUAUUUAUUUAAAUUUAAUUAAAAUCGCAGUUUUUGGAAGAACCAUUUAUUUUUACCAGAUUUAUACCUAAAAAUAAAUAA